AUGACCCCCACUCUGGAAUCCUGGACAUCCGUCCGCCAUCGACUGUCUGAGCAAAACAAAAUCCUGCUUGCGCUGGAUUUCGACGGCACAUUAUCCGAGAUCACCGAACGACCCGAAGACGCCGUGUUGCGUGAGGGUAAUGCCCCACUUUUGGAGGCGUUGGGACGGAAACCGAAUAUCAUCAUCGGAAUCCUGAGCGGCCGCGCGCUCAAUGACGUAUCCGGGCGGGUGGGGGUUCCGGGGUUAAUAUAUGGCGGUAAUCACGGUCUGGAGAUUCGCGGGCCGGGACUAGAUUACCUUCAUCCCGCCGCCGCCGCCGCGAUUCCGGCCAUUUCCGACGCUGCCGAAAGGCUGGUUGCGGAUUUGGCGGAUAUUCCGGGUGCGUUGGUGGAGAGCAAGGUGUUGACCCUUACGGCCCAUUACCGCCUAACUCCACCGCAAUAUCACGAUUCCAUCGCCAUGAUAUUUCUGGACACCGUGGGGCCACUCCUUGCGACUGGCGCCUGUCGGGUUACGGCGGCCAAAAUGGCAAUGGAACUGCGGCCGGCAGUUGACUGGCACAAAGGCUACGCCCUGGAGAUGAUCCGUUUUCAGUUGGCUUCCGAUGCAUUCCCGGUGUAUUUCGGUGAUGACGAAACCGACGAGGAUGCUUACGAUGCAGCACAAUCGGUCGGCGGGAUCGGCAUUUAUGUGGGUCCUCCGUCAACGGAAACCCGGGCAAUUUGCCGGUUGGAUUCUCCGGCCGCCGUCUCUGCGGCAUUGGCCGAUCUACUGGCGCUGACAUAA